CCCACCGGCCCACCUUCUCUUUUGUUUCAUUUCCCUCAGCUACUAUUACAACAAUCUUCAGCGGCUUCAUAUUUAAAAAAAAAAGAAGAUCGAUCCAUUUAUUUUUCUAUUUCAUUUAACAACAAAGCAUUAGGGUUUUUAGAUUCCGCCCUCUUUUUGAACUCCCGCGUUUUCAUUCAAAGCAAUCUUUGAACAAUUCCUAGAUUCGUUGGUUAAUUUUUAGGGUUUACAGAUCUAUUCAGCUCAUCUGUUUAAAAACCGUUUGAUUCUCUUCACCAUGUUUUGGAGGCUCACAUCCAUGUCUGCUUCUUCUCCCGUGGAGUCGAUAUUAGACAAGGAAAACUUUACUUUGGAAGAGCUUCUUGAUGAGGAAGAAAUAAUCCAAGAGUGCAAAGCUUUAAAUAGUCGACUAAUCAAUUUUCUACGAGAUAGAGCCCAAGUUGAGCAGUUAUUGCGAUAUAUUGUCGAAGAACCUUCAGAAGAUGAUGACAGCAAACGGACCUUCAAGUUCCCAUUCAUUGCCUGCGAGAUAUUUACAUGUGAGAUUGAUGUUAUUCUGAAGACUUUAAUUGAGGAUGAAGAGUUCAUGAACUUGCUUUUCUCCUUCUUGGAACCGAACCGUUCUCAUAGUGCUUUGCUAGCUGGUUAUUUCAGCAAGGUUGUUAUAUGCCUCAUGUUACGGAAGACUAUUCCACUUAUGCACUACGUCCAAACACAUCAAGAGGUGUUGCGCCAACUGGUUGAUUUGAUAGGAAUCACUUCCAUCAUGGAGGUUUUGGUUCGGUUAGUAGGUGCUGAUGAUCAUGUGUAUCCUAAUUUUUUGGAUGUAAUGCAAUGGUUAGCUGAUAGCAAUUUGCUGGAAAUGAUCGUGGAUAAAUUGAAUCCAUCAUGCCCACCCGAAGUUCAUGGUAAUGCAGCAGAAACAUUAUGUGCAAUAACACGGAAUGCCCCAUCAGCUUUAGCCACUAAGCUCUCUAGUCCAAGUUUUGUUGCAAGGAUAUUUGGCCAUGCAUUGGAAGAUUCACAUUCAAAAUAUGGCCUUGUACACUCUCUCUCAGUUUGUAUCUCAUUGUUGGAUCCAAAAAGAUCAGCCAUUGCUUCUCCCUUGAUGCAUUAUUUCCGAAAUCAACAUAUGUAUGAGCCUCCAAUCCCUGUAAAUCCUGAGACUAUCAAUGCAAUGCUCCCUAAACUUGGUGACUUACUCAUGCUUUUGAAUGUAUCAUCUGAUGAGAAGAUUUUGCCUACCACGUAUGGAGAAUUAAGGCCACCUCUAGGGAAGCAUCGCCUAAAGAUUGUGGAGUUUAUUGCUGUCCUAUUGAGAACCGGAAAUGAAGCUGCAGAAAAGGAAUUGGUUGGCUCAGGAACCAUUCAACGAGUUCUCGAUCUCUUCUUUGAGUAUCCAUACAACAAUGCAUUACAUCAUCAUGUUGAGAGUAUAAUAUUAUCAUGUCUGGAGAGCAAGAAUGAUGCAAUACUCGGUCAUCUUCUUCACAAAUGUGAUUUAAUUGGGAGAUUUCUCCAAACUGAAAAACAGCCAAUUCUUUCUGGUGACAAUAAUCUGCCAACUUUGCCUGUUGCUGGAAAACAUGCACCACGGGCAGGAAACAUUGGACACAUUACACGUAUUUCAAAUAAACUUGUACAGUUGGGAAGCAGCAAUAGCUGUAUUCAGGCAUAUCUACAGGAAAAUAGCGAGUGGAAUGAGUGGCAAGCUAAUGUUCUGCAAGAACGUAACGCAGUUGAAAAUGUUUAUCGAUGGGCUUGUGGUCGCCCAACAUCGUUGCAAGACAGAACAAGGGAUAGUGACGAGGAUGAUAUUCAUGAUAGAGAUUAUGAUGUUGCAGCUUUAGCAAAUAACCUAAGCCAAGCUUUCAGAUACAAAAUCUACGGCAACGAUGAUAAUGAAGAAGACCGUGGUGCUCUUGAUCGAGAUGAUGAGGAUGUAAACUUUGAUGAUGAAUCUGCUGAGGUUGUCAUAUCAUCCUUGAGGCUCGGUGAUGAUCAGGGGAGCAGUCUGUUUACAAAUUCCAACUGGUUUGCAUUCCAAGAUGAAGGAACCAGUAGUGCACCUAUGGCCAUAUCCCCAACCGAAGUGAUGCAUGAGAUUAACUUGAAUGGCACUACAAACAGUAAUAACAGCAGUAGUGAUGACGAGGUGGUAGUUGGAGAGGAUGACGAGAUGAACGAAAACAGCACAUCUACUUCCAACCCGAUGAAUGGGUUCAACAACUCCGUGAGCAGUGGAGACUUGAAUCUGCAAGAAAACGAAAACUUGUUUGGAGGUAGGCCUUCACCUUCGGGUUUGCAAGUAGUUGGUUCAAGUAAGAAUCCAUUUCUCGACGAUGACAAUCCGGAUGUCAACCCACCGAGUCCUAUCGACACAGUGAUGACUGAUGGAGAGUCCCUGCUAAACGGGGAAUCCAUACUUCCGAAUGGUUCCUUGGACUCAAUGGAUUCAAGUGAGGGAUCAAUGAGCAGUGACACAAGUCAGAAAUCUCCACCACUGGUGCCAUCUUUGUUCGAAGAGGACGUUGAAUUCGUAGGAGUGGAAUUAGAAGGUACGGAGAAGCCAAUGGAACAAGCUCUAAAGGAAGGAAUAGUUGGCGAAGCCAGACCAUUGAAGAGGAACGGUAGUGGUAUUCCCACACUGGAAAAGGAGAAAUCUGAGGAGUCCACCGGGAUAAAGGAGUUCAAUGAUUCAAACUAUUGGAGGGUUGAUCAUGAAGUUACUGUUUUGGAAUAGGAAUUUGGAUCACACAAUUUUGGUUUGGGCCACGUCAGCAAAAGCAAAAUUUCACCGUAUGUACAGUAAAAUAUUUUGUUUCCAGACCAGAGGGGUUAAACGGUAAGCUGUGCUAGUUAUGGUUAUUACUGUUCAUUUUAGCUAUUUUAUUAUUUUCUUACUCAUCAUCAUUAUUAUUAUUUAUUCCAAGUCUUGUUAGUGAUUUGAGGUUGGUCA